AUGCCUGAGGUUACAUGUAUGAGGGCGGAAGACAAUACCAUUGUAUUUAAUCAAACGAAAAAGGAGGUUUUCACCCUAAAUCAACAUUUUUCUGAAAUAUCGAGACAUCUUAAGUCUUCCUGGAAGGUCGUUGUAAAUAAAGAUGACAUAACAUAUGAGCGUCUGAGCAUUGUAAAGUUGUUUGUCAUCCCUGGAGCAACUGAAAAGUUCAGUGCUACAGAGUUCAACGCACUUAAAAAAUACAUUGAAAAUGGUGGAUCUUUACUUGUCCUUAUGGGUGAGAAUGGUGAAACGAAGUACACUACAAAUAUUAAUUUCUUGUUGGAGCAAUUUGGAAUCAUGGUUAAUAGUGAUACCGUCCUCCGAACAUCAUACUUUAAGUAUUACCAUCCGAAAGAGGCAUUGAUUCCAAAUGGCAUACUUAAUAGGGCAAUAGCAGAGGCUGCUGGGAAAUCCUUCGUGGUAAAUACCCAGGAAGACGUGUCACACAAGCAGGCAUUGCAGUUCUUGUAUCCGUAUGGUGCUACUUUAAACGUCGCCAAACCUGCCGUCGCCUUGCUUUCAUCGGGUAGUGUCGCAUUUCCGCUUAACAGACCGGUCCUUGCAACCUGCAAGCUUUCAUCAAAUAAAGGUGGGACGUUAGCAGUUGUUGGUAGUACAGCUAUGUUCACUGAUGCUUACAUAAACAAAGAGGACAAUUUCAAAAUAUUUGAGUUUCUGUUCAGAUAUCUAACAUCGGAUUCAAUAAAACUGAAUUCUAUAGACGCAGAAGACCCUGAGAUUGAAACUUACUACCAGGUGCCUGAUAUUACUAGUCUGGCCAGCAGUUUAAAAUCAUGUUUGCAGGACAGUGAUGAACUUCCACAAAACUCCAACAGCUAUUUUGACCAGGGUUUGUUUUCCAUGGAUACAGGACUUGUGCCGAAAGCAAUUCAGGCAUAUGAGAAACUUCACGUCAAACAUGAACCUCUUAGUUUGAUUACGCCUCAGUUUGAAACUCCUUUGCCUCCGGUUCAACCUGCAGUAUUUCCCCCAAAUUUUCGUGAACCUGGUCCACCAGCAUUGGAAUUAUUCGAUUUAGAUGAACAGUUUUCUACAGCUAAAGCACGCUUAGCCCAAGUAACAAAUAAAUGCAAUGAAGAAGAUUUAGAGUAUUAUAUUCAUGAAUGUGGGAAUAUUCUAGGAGUAUCGCAAAAAUUACCAGCAGACAAGCAGACAUCACGUGUCAUUUUAGAAGUAAUCUUCAAUGAGUUGGUUGAAUUCAAAAAACUUAAUCAAGGAAUUGAUGAAACUGGUGAUUGGUAA